AUGAGCAUCCAGAGCCCACCGCCACACUGCCAAAGCCACGGGACCCACAAAAGCUCUUCGUACGCUGUGAGUUACGCUGAAUGCCUCAAGAACCAUGCGGCGGCAGCCGGAGGCACUGCCGUCGACGGCUGCCGGGAAUUCUUGGCCGGAGGCAGAGAGGACACCAUAGAAUCCCUCACGUGCGCCGCAUGCAAAUGUCAUCGGAAUUUCCACCGGAGAAUCUUAUUAAUGCAUGUGGAAGCUCCGGCAGCUGGCGGCAGAAGGGCGAAGAAGAGGUUCCGGACGAAGUUUACUGGCGAGCAGAAGGAGGCGAUGCUCGGUUUUGCCGAGAAGGCCGAGUGGAAAAUGUCGAGGGCCGAUGAAUAUGAGGUGAGGCGGUUUUGCGAGGAGAUUGGUGUGAGUAGGAAAGUGCUCAAGCCAAUUCCGAUCCAAACACCACUGAUCGAUACGGCCCUGUUCGCUAGCCUCCACUUUGAUCAUUUUCAGAUUAAGAAGCCAAGGUACAUACAAGAGCACCCAUCAGCACUGGCGUUUUGCUGCAUAUUUCUUAAGUCUGUAGUUUGUCUAAGAUCCGCUGUUGUUGUGGUUUUUAGCUGA